AUGUUUAACCUUAAAUAUGUAGUCCUACUAUGGUAUUAUCUUUGUAGUGUCGAAUUUAUUUGGGGAGAUAUUAAGUUGGUAAAUUCAGAUUUUGGAGAACAUCAUUGCGAUAGCGACAAAGUAAAAAUAUUAGAUUCCAAAUUUUAUAACAAAGAUUGUGGUGGAGAGAAUGCAUUGCCUACAUUUGAAUGGCUAGAUAAAAACAAAGGAACAAAAUCUUAUGUUAUAACAUUGACAAGCAUGAAUAAUUCUACUAGGCUUGUUCAUUUUAUAGCAUGGAAUAUACCUAGACAUAUAAAUCUAAUAAAUAAUUUUACAAACUUUGAAGAAAUGAAUGCCGUAGUUGGUUUAAAUUCUUUUAAAAAAAGAAGUUAUGAAGGUCCAUGUUCUACUAAUGAGCUACAAGAGCAAUCAACUGAAUGUUUAAAAUUUAGCAUAUACGCGCUAAAAAAUGAACGUAUAGAACUUUCUGAUGAUGCAGAUUAUUUUGAAUUAAUAGCGUACUUGAAAAGAAUGAGUAGAGAGGAACAUAUUGUUAUUGAUAAUUUAUAUUUAUAUUCAUUAUGUAUACCCAAAAAAAAAAUACACAUAUAA